AUGGUUGCACCUAUUGAUUCACUCGUAAAAGGUGUUCAGCACAUCCCGGUACCUCCCGAGGCCAAAAAGAUCUUUACUCCAGAGGCAAUUGCAUUUUUGGCUACUCUUCACAGAACGUUCAAUUCUACCCGAAAAGAAUUAUUACAGGCUCGUAUCGACCGUCAAAAGAGAAUUGAUGAAGGUGAACUCCCCGAUUUCCUACCCGAAACUGCCCAUAUCCGUAAUGAUCCUAUCUGGCAAGGUGCUCCCCCAGCUCCUGGUCUUGAAGACCGUAGAGUCGAAAUCACCGGUCCCACCGAUCGUAAAAUGGUUAUCAAUGCCUUGAAUUCAAAUGUCUACACUUAUAUGUCGGAUUUCGAAGACUCUUCUGCUCCUACUUGGUAUAAUAUGGUUGAUGGACAAAUCAAUCUUUACGAUGCUGUUCGUAGAGAUAUUGCAUUUACAACUGGUGGUAAGAAUUACAAGCUUAAUACCGAUCGUUCCAAACAUCAAAAGAAAGAGAUUCCCACCCUGAUUGUUCGUCCUCGAGGAUGGCAUCUGGAUGAAGUCCACUUCCGUGUUGACGGUGAGCCCAUCUCUGGUUCUCUUUUCGACUUUGGUCUUUACUUUUUCCACAAUGCCAAGGAAUCCAUCAAGCAAGGAUUCGGGCCUUAUUUCUAUCUUCCUAAGAUGGAGUCUCACAAGGAAGCCCGUCUUUGGAACGAUGUGUUCAAGCUCUCUCAAGACUGGAUUGGUAUUCCCAGAGGUACUAUUCGUGGUACUGUGCUUAUCGAGACUAUUUUGGCUGUGUUUGAAAUGGACGAGAUUAUUUACGAGCUUCGCGAGCACUCGUCUGGUCUCAACUGUGGUAGAUGGGAUUACAUCUUCUCGUAUAUUAAGAAAUUGCGAGGACAUGGCGAUUUCAUUCUUCCCGAAAGAACUGAUGUUACUAUGAAGGUCCCAUUUAUGAGUUCAUAUGUCAAGCUUCUUAUUAAGACUUGUCAUCGUAGAGGUGUCCAUGCCAUGGGUGGUAUGGCUGCUCAAAUCCCUAUCAAGGGCGAUGAGGCUGCUAAUAAGACUGCUAUGAACGGUGUCUACGAAGAUAAGAUUCGUGAAGCCACUGCUGGUCAUGAUGGUACCUGGGUUGCUCAUCCUCAAUUGGCUGAAAUUGCCCUUGAGGUCUUCAACAAGUACAUGCCAACUCCUAAUCAAAUCUACAAGCGACGGGAGGAGGUUAAUGUCACUGCCCGUGACCUUCUGAACCCCUUCAUCCCUGGCGGUAAGAUCACCGAGGCUGGUAUUCGUAAGAACUUGUUCAUUGCCCUUGGUUAUAUGGAGGCCUGGUUAAGAGGUGUUGGAUGUGUCCCCAUCAACUUUCUUAUGGAGGAUGCUGCCACUGCUGAGGUUUCGCGUGCCCAACUCAACCAAUGGGUCAAGCAUGGCGUUGUCACUGCUGAGGGAACUAAGAUCACUGCUGACUAUGUCAGCAAAAUUCUUUCUGAGGAGGUAUCUAAGAUCAAGAAGACUGCUCCGGCCGGAAACAAAUUCGACAAAGCCGCCGAAUACCUCAAGCCCGAGAUCACGAACCAGACCUACAGCGAUUUCCUUACCACCCUGCUUUAUCCUUCCAUUCAAACCACCAGAAGCUCUUACGAGAAGUUGUAA